UAUAACUGCCGGCGGUAGCUGAUAGUACUAUUUGUACGAGGGUAUUGGAGCAGCUUUCGGGGCAGGAAGCAUCGAUUAGCUUUUCUUGGAGAGCCAUUUGUUUUACUACGUCUUACUGAUGUGUGUAAUUCAUAACACAGUUUCGAAAGUCGCACACGGUUGGAAAAACCGAGGGAACUGUUGUAAAGAUCAAUUAAGAAGCAGCAUUGGAGCUCAGCAUUGAAAUGAUGGAUUAGAGCUGUUGCCUGGAAGUUUAGCUCCCAAACAAGAAGUCAACACUUAGAGCCGGAAAGCCUCUACUGGCUCACUGAUGGGAAGCGAAUAAUAGAUAAAAACAUUACGUUGUUAUUUCUGUUUUUACGGCCGACCUUGCCAGAGGAGGCCAGGCCAUACCGAUGGCCUCCAGAGAGAGCAGCGGCCAGGGGAACGGCAGCCGAGCCGCGCCGGGGCAGUGGAGCCCCGUGAGGAGCGAGGAGGAGGAGAAGGAGCGGCCCCAGGGUGGCCAGGAGAACCUGCAGCUGAAGAAGGAGAUCUCCCUGCUCAACGGGAUCAGCUUCAUUGUGGGCAACAUGAUCGGCUCGGGGAUCUUCGUCUCCCCCAAGGGGGUACUGCUCCACAGCGCCUCCUACGGGCUGUCCCUGGUGAUCUGGGUGGUCGCGGGGGUGUUCUCCGUGGUGGGGGCCUUGUGCUACGCCGAGCUGGGGACCACCAUCAAGAAGUCCGGCGCCAGCUACGCCUACAUCCUGGAGUCCUUCGGGGGCUUCGUCGCCUUCAUCCGCCUGUGGACCUCCCUCCUCAUCAUCGAGCCCUGCAGCCAGGCCAUCAUUGCCAUCACCUUCGCCAACUACCUGGUGCAGCCGCUGUUCCCCUCCUGCGAGGCGCCCUACUCUGCCUCCUGCCUCCUUGCAGCUGCCUGCAUCUGUCUCCUUACCUUCGUCAACUCGGCCUACGUGAAGUGGGGCACCAGAGUCCAGGACGUCUUCACCUAUGCCAAAGUCCUGGCCUUGAUCGUCAUCAUCAUCACUGGACUUGUCAAGCUGUGCCAGGGCUCCACGUUGCACUUUGAGUCUGCCUUUGAAGGCUCCUCUUGGAACGCGGGAGACCUCACUCUAGCUCUCUACUCGGCCCUUUUUUCCUACUCCGGCUGGGACACCCUGAACUAUGUCACCGAGGAGAUCAGGAAUCCAGAGAGGAACCUCCCCUUGGCCAUCGCCAUCUCUUUGCCAAUAGUGAUGGUUAUUUAUAUCCUGACUAACGUUGCGUACUAUGCUGUGCUGGACAUGAACGCCAUCCUCGCCAGCGAUGCCGUUGCUGUGACCUUUGCUGAUCGCACACUGGGAGUGAUGAGCUGGACCAUCCCUUUUGCAGUGGCUCUGUCCUGCUAUGGGGGUUUAAAUGCCUCCAUCAUCGCGGCCUCCAGGCUGUUUUUCGUGGGGUCCCGUGAAGGCCACCUGCCAGACGCUCUGUCCAUGAUCCAUGUGAAGCGCUUUACACCUGUGCCAGCGCUGCUUUUCAACUGUGCCAUGACGUUAGUAUACUUGGCUGUGGAAGAUGUGUUCCAACUGAUCAACUACUAUAGCUUCAGUAACUGGUUCUUCGUGGGGCUGUCUAUUACUGGACAGAUCUACCUGCGCUGGAAGGAGCCUGACAGGCCCAGACCACUCAAGCUGAGUCUGCUGUUUCCUAUCGUGUACUGCCUGUGCACUGUGUUCCUGGUGGCGGUGCCCCUGUACAGCAACACCGUCAGUUCCUUCAUUGGCAUUGCCAUCACCCUGACUGGGGUGCCGGUCUACUUCCUGGGGGUCCACUUGCCCGAGUCCAAGCGGCCACCCUUCAUCACCAAGCUGCUGCGAGCCCUGACGUGCUUCACCCAGUUCACUUGUUUCUGUGUGCUGACGGAGAUGGACCUCAGCGAGUAGCGCCAGACCUGUGGACCUGAUCCUGGCACCCACAGGUGUGGGAACGAUCCUGAACAGGCUAGCUGUCAGGACACGGACCACACUGAUCAGCGCCUCUUGCUCCUGGGCAAUGCAGCGAAGACAACUGUGAAACUUGUAGACCAUCAUUCAACUCAUCUGCU